AAUAAAAGUGCAGCUUCAGCUCCUGUGAAGCUACAGCAACAGCACCGCUCCAGAGUGAGACUCCACAUCUGAGGACUUCAGCAAGAGAAACAUGGAGCUGAUCACCAGAACUCUGCUUCUGGGUCUGGCACUUUCCCUCACUAAUGCAGCACCUGCGCAUCAAGACGAGCCAGCACCAAAAGAUGGAGAUGCUGCUCUACCAGACCGGUGUGAAGGAAUUGAGUUUGAUGCCAUCACUCUUGAUGAGAGUGGAAAAAACCCCUUCUUUUUCAAAGAUGGCUACCUGUGGAAUGGUUUCUAUGGUCCAGCUAAACCCUCAACGAUGUUCUUCAAGGAGCUAGAUGAACACCACCACCUCGGCCAUGUCGAUGCUGCUUUUCGGAUGCACGAUCACAUCUUCCUCUUCCUGGAUGACCACGUGUUCAGCUAUUACAACCACACUCUGGAGACCGGAUAUCCAAAAACUAUCCAGGAAGUUUUUCGUGGAGUCCCCACACAUCUAGAUGCUGCUGUGGAGUGUCCUCAAGGAGAGUGCAUUACCGACUCUGUUCUGUUCUUCAAAGGGCAAGAUGUGUAUGUUUAUGAUAUAGUCACAAAGACAGUGAAGACCAAGACGCGGGCCCGCCUGUCUCCCUGGGCCCGCCUGCCUCUCUGCACGUCUGCUUUCCGCUGGGUGGAACACUACUACUGUUUCCAUGGACACAACUUCACCAGGUUCAACCCAAUAUCAGGAGUAGUUAACGGCACGUACCCAAAGGAUGCCCGCAAUUACUUCAUGAACUGCAAAAACUUUGGUCACGGAGGUGAUCACAAGGCUCCUAAAUGCAGUGAAGUCAAACUAGAUGCCAUUACUACAGAUGACAGAGGCAGAAUUUAUUUAUUUACAGGGCUUAACUACAUGCGUGUGGACAACAGGCGUAACGGCCUUCACGCCUUUCCAAUAACCAGGGGAUGGAAAGAAGUGACAAACGGGGUGGAUGCCGUUUUCUCCUACACCGACAAAAUGUACUUGAUUAAGGAUGAUCAGGUUUACAUCUAUAAAACUGAUGCCCACUACGUCCUGAUUGAAGGCUACCCUAAAUCCCUCAGGGAGGAAUUGGGCAUUGAAGGAACGGUGGAUGCCGCUUUCCUCUGUCCCAAUGAACACACAGUUCAUAUACUCCAAGGACACAGGAUUCGUGAUGUUGACCUCAGUGCCACACCCAGGGUCAUCAACCGAGAAAUACCUUUGCCCUUGCCUGACAUUGAUGCUGGUCUCUGUGGUCCAGAUGGCAUUAAAGUGUUCAAGGGGUCACAGUAUUACCUCUAUGAGAGUCCCAUGGUAUUGGCUACAAGCAAGAUCGCUCCUGUUCCUCAAAACAUCACGUCAGGAAUGAUGGGGUGUGAGGAUCAAUCAGAAAAAGAAAAAUGAGGAAGAAACCAUACUAAUAAUUUAUUGGCAAGUCAGUUUUUGGAUGUGAAGACUUCAGCGAAACCUAAAGUAAUAGGGAACAGCUUUAUUAGGUGACCAAUGCGUUUCGGCUUGUGGUCUUAAUCAGGGUCAUUCAAGUCAGUUUUUGGAAAAAUGAUCAUGUCUUGCAAUGAAGUUUGACUUGCUUGGUGAAUAAAGCAUUUUUUCAUGGGGAAAUCUUUAUCAUUAAAGGGUCUAUAUUUUGAAUCUGCAAGCUUGGAACUGAAAUCAACCAAAUUCAGUUAAAAUGAAGUAAUGUCAGAGUUUGGCCACAAGAGGACCUUCUGUACAAAGGCAUGCAUAUUCCCAUGCAUGGCUCUGUCCCAGUGACUUCUUUCUUUAAUGAACAAAGUGUGACUUCUUGUUGUUGCACUGAUAUUACAGGUCCUCUUGCUGACCAAAAGUUUUUCUUUUCCCAUAGCUUUCAGAAAUGAUACUGGUACUUUAAAACUUAUAUACAUUUCUUUUCUAUCAGCUUUAUUCAAUCAACACUGAAUGUUCAGGUAUCUGAAAAAUCCUGUUCAGGACUAUUAUUUGACUAAAAGGCAUCAGGUCAAACAAACAGCUCAUGCAGAUUGUUUUCAGUCAUUGCUUCUGUGCCCAAAUGGGACACAUCCUCUGAUGUCACAUCCAAAGGGGCACUUGAGUGCUCUAAAUGCCUCUUUUGUAAGUGCAUCUGUCUUCCAAGGGGCUCUUCGGUCGGCCCAGAUAACAUUUUGGUUAGCUUAAGUGCUCCUUUAGUGUGAAAACUAGGAAUUAAAAAAAAUGAACUUUUGGCUUAACCCCUCCCUCUUAAAUAGCCUAUUGAUUGCACAAAUGCACAAGGGCAGCACAGUAAUGCACGUGAUGGAGAUUUUAUCCAUUGUGUUGUUUUUAAAAUAAUUUUCGGACAAUCUCUUUUUCACCUUAACCUUUGAAAAACCAAAGUGCAGACUUUUUGACAUAAUCCCAAAUCAGACCAGUAAGGGACAAAUGGGUUGUGCAUGAUGCUAUCUCAAUAUCAAAACAUAUAUAUAUAUAUGUAUAUAUAUAUAUAUA